AUGCUUUUCCUGGAGAAUCUCAUGAAUCCCCAUACCGUGAUCAUGCCACACCCGAUUUUUGGGCCUGCCACUCAACCUGCAAACCACCACGCCCUCCGAGCUCCAGGAAGCAUUGGCGGUCAGAUGUGGAACUUCUGGAAUUUCCCUCCAGCAUGGCAGAGCUACGCUGCUGGUGGCGGUCCUCACCUGGGCUACGACUCACAGCCAAGUUUCAACCUCAGAGGGGGUUUGGCCAUGGCGGGAGAGACGCUGUCCAUGAAACACACGCGGCUGCAGCAGGACAUGAUCUCUUGGGCACGAUAUUAUCACGAGCAAAUCCCAUGGGCUGAAGGCUGGAUAGCGGACCGAUGCCGCGAAAGGGUCGAAGAGGACAGAUCGAGAGCCGAGAGGAGAUUCUGGGAGGACGACCAGGAGCGGCUCGAAAGGGAACAAUAUGAUAGGGAGACGCUCCUGCGGAGGUGUGCGCGCGACGGGGACGUGCUCCGGGAUAGAUAUGAAGAAGACCGGAGUCGACUCGCAGAGAUCCGACGCCACGUGGAGGAGUAUUACUACGGACGCGGAAAAGGGGGCCAAAAGACCCAGCGGGGAAAAACAAGUCACCAGACACAACAGCAGGCGAGGCCGAAGCAAGGACAGAAAGGCUCUGCUGAACACAGAUGCAGCAAGAGAAAAGGCUAG